UUCUUCCCCUGAGUCUAGGCUGUAACAUUAGCCGUCGUUGACUGAGAAUGAAAGUGAAAGUGCCAAAGUGGGAGCUACAUAUGUCAUGCAGAUGACAUUUUUGCGGCGUUAACACAGACCACAUCAACAGUUCGGAGAUGCAUAUUAUUUUCCUGUGGCUCAGUUCAUCAUCAAAGAGACUUGAAAGUGAGUCCUUUAUUUAAACAUUGGAAUAGCAGGCUCCAGGGUCAUGCGGCUGCGUCUCCUUUCCCUCCUUCUCAUCGUCAAAGUGUGUCGACUCAAUACUGUCAGUCGAGACGUGUGCCCACCCCUGCCUCAGUGGAAGCUCACCAAGCCCCUGAACCCGAAGCAUAGUAAUCAAGAAAACACCACUCUGCGCUACCAGUGUGUGGAUGGCUAUGUGAGGAAGGCGGGAACCUCCAAUCUCAUCAAGUGCAAACGGACUGGUCUGGUUCUUGAGUGGACACGCCCAACACUGACAUGCAUACCUGACCCAUCUAUUCCAACUACGAUAGAAUUCAUUUGCAGCGGAGAACUGGAAGGAGAGACGGCCAAAGGAGGAAUUGGCUUUGGGGGUGACCAGAGAGAUAUACCUGCUGGAGCGCGUGCUACAGCUUCAACAACCCACAAGACAACUCCAUUUCUUACAACGCACCUCUCAGUGCCCACAGAAAGAGUGAGCCCAAGACCAACCAUUCUCAGUUCACCUUUAUCUCAAACACUGCAUCCUGUCACAGAGACCCAAGUGGUCAUUACUACGGUUACAGUGACAACCACCAUCAUCGAUGACAUCACAUCAGUGCCAGUGGAUAAGUCCAGUGUGGUGACCUCUGUCUCCACAAAGACUGUUUCUCCAUCAGAGAGUUACUGUGUCUCCAACAGAGCCCCAACCUUCAGUGAGGAUCCAGUUGGCGAUAGAAGCACUGCUACAGCCAUAUAUGCGGGUGUAGGUGGUGUGGUAGUAACCAUCUUGCUGGUUGCAGCGUUUGGAGUACUAAUGUUUUGGAGAAGGAAACGGAUGCAGCGGUUUGAUCCGCCGCCAACACCAGACGAAAUGAUGCAAAUGAAUGUUGUGACAUGAGCCACACUCCUUAGUGCCCUGACGGACAACCAGCAGCCACUUAGAAAAGUCAAAGGUGCAUCAGUCGGAUGGUGGGGGAACAAUGACCUUGGAUUGGACAAGAAGUGGACCAAAAAUUACAGUGGCCUGGACCUCAGUGUCCUCGUGUGGAAAAUUAAAAUAACAAAAGCACCACCCAAAUUGAUUAAUUUAAGACAUAUUGAUUUAUUUAAUUGAUUAAUUAAUUUCCUUAAACUGGCAAAGAUUCUAACUAAUCACAACAGCCCAAAAUGCAUGGGAUUACUUUCUCACUGAAUUCACAAAGGUAUGUGAUAAACAUGCAACUUUGGAGAACAGUGAAAGUUAGGCCCGACUAACCAGUGCCUGUAUAUGGCCUCGCUACUGUUAAAGCCUCGCUACUGUAUAUAGCCUCGCUACUGUUAUUAUUCACUGUCUUUUUACUGUUGUUUUUCUAUUUCCUUACUUAUCGAUUGUUCACCUAAUACCUAUUUUUUACUUAAAAAUUGCACUGUUGGUUAGGGCCUGUAAGUAUUUCACUGUAAGGUCUACUACACCGAUUGGAUUCAGCACACGUGAAAAAUAAACUUUGAUUUGAAGUUAAGGGCCUUCACCUUCCCUGGGUUAGCUCUAACUUAAUACAGCUGUUCAGAGAAAGGGAUAAAGCCUGGGCAAAGUACAGUAGGAAAAAAUGGUCACCAUAUAUCCAACUGAUUUGGAGUCCUAUAGAAAAUGAUGAAACAUUAGUAAAACUAAAGCUAGAAAAGCCUCCUAUAUGGAUAGUCUUACAAAUAAUAAAAACAAAAAUCCACAGCAGUUCUGGAAAUACACAAAUUACCUUUGAAAUAAUCUGGCUUUAGACCCAACCAUUCUACCACCUACAGCGUUAUUGAAACUUACUAAUGAUAUAUAUUCUUAAUCUGAUCAAGGCCAACUAACUGCUGCCAUCUUCAUUGAUUUAUCAAAAGGAUUUGAUUUAGUUGGUCAUUCUAUCUUACUAGCAAAACGUUAACAUUGGUUUCACUAACAGAUCACUAAACUGGUUCCAUGCAUAUUUUAGCAAUAGAAAAUAAUGUGUUUACAUAGGACACAAAUCACAACUUCUUGGACUCAGUAGAGGAGUACAUCAAUCUCUAUAGUCAUAAAUGAAUUGCCUGUAAUUUGUCAGGAUACACAUAAUCACUUAUACGCUGAUGAUACAUCCAGUUCAAAUAUUUUGCAGAUACAAGCAACUCUCCAAAAUUAUUUGAACACUUUACAAAAAUGGUUUCUAGCAAAUAAUUUGGUUUUAAAAUCAAACAAAGUCCUAUAUCAUGCUGUUUGGUAUGACAAAGAAUUAACUCCACAGCUGGAAAUUUCAAAAUUCAUUGAAGUGAUGGAACAUUGCUUGAAAGUGUUGAUUCUUUGUUUGAAAUAUUUGGGUUUGAGGAUAGAUUCUAAAUGAUCUUUUGGAAAGCAUAUUGAUUAUAUUACAAAACAAUUGACUACAGUGCAUUCGGAAAGUAUUCAGACCCCUUGACUUUUUCCACAUUUUGUUCCAGCCUUAUUCUAAAAUCGAUUAAAUGAUUGUUUUCCCUUAUCAAACUAAACACAGUACCCCAUAAUGACGAAGCAAAAACUGUUUUUUAGACAUUUUUGCAAAUGUAUUACCAAUAAAGAACUGAAAUAUAACAUAC